UUACUAAAAAACCCUAAUAGCGAAUAGAGUUAAACAGCACUUCAUCAUCUUCACGGCCUCCUACGAGUUCAACCGAAGAUGAAGUUCAACAUCGCAAAUCCCACCACUGGAUGCCAGAGGAAACUCGAGAUCGACGAUGACCAGAAACUCCGAGCCUUCUUUGACAAAAGGAUCUCCCAGGAGGUUAGCGGAGAUGCUUUGGGGGAUGAGUUCAAGGGUUACGUUUUCAAGAUUAUGGGAGGAUGUGAUAAACAAGGUUUUCCAAUGAAGCAGGGAGUGUUAACUCCUGGCCGUGUUCGCCUUCUGCUCUACCGAGGUACCCCUUGCUUCCGUGGUUAUGGUAGGCGAAAUGGAGAGCGCAGAAGGAAGUCUGUCCGUGGAUGCAUUGUCAGUCCUGAUCUUUCUGUUUUGAAUCUGGUUAUUGUUAAGAAGGGAGAGAAAGAUCUUCCUGGGCUGACCGACACUGAAAAACCAAGGAUGAGAGGACCCAAGAGGGCUUCUAAGAUUAGAAAGCUCUUCAAUCUUUCCAAGGAAGAUGAUGUCAGGAAGUAUGUUAACACAUACCGUAGAAAUUUCACAACCAAAACUGGGAAAAAGGCGAGCAAAGCUCCUAAAAUUCAAAGGUUAGUGACACCCUUGACUUUGCAAAGAAAGAGAGCUAGAAUUGCUGACAAGAAGAAGAGAAUUGCCAAGGCCAAGUCAGAAGCAGCUGAUUAUCAGAAGCUUCUUGCUACUAGGUUGAAGGAGCAAAGAGAAAGGCGCAGUGAGAGUUUGGCUAAGAAGAGGUCUAGACUCUCUGCAGCUUCUAAGCCAUCUAUUGCUGCUUAAGAUCAGUGAGAUCAUAAGAGAUGGAAAAAAGGAUCAGUGAGAUCUAAUUCCUGCUAUUUUUGUAACUGGUUCUUUUAGUUAUUGCUCGGAUGUCUUAUGUGGUUUUGGUGGUUUCUAGUGUUCUGAUAUGAUGACUUUCAUCUGAUAGGUUUUCACAUACAAUUAUCUUUCAGCUUCCAGAUUUUGGAUACUUUGUCUCUGAUCUAUCUAUAUACAACGAUCUACUGUUUUAUGUUUUU